UCAUUUUCAUUUUUUAAUUUCUCAAGACUCAGUAACCAGAAAUCGAAACUUAAAGAUGUGUCCCAAUUGAGAGAGCGAGAGAGUGUGUGCGUGCGUGUGUUAGAGUUCAAAAGCCUUGCCUUGUAAGAUUUCAAAUCCACGGAUUAGGCCUCUUAAAUCUCUUGAGGAUGGGAUGGGCCAAAAGCUCUUCGCUAGACUUUUAGAAAUGAACGUGUUCCUUAUAGUUGUUGCAAUGGAAGUUGUACUGCAAACUUUAUAUUAUCCUAGUGCAAGUGGAUUUUCAAGUGAGGGAAAAAGGUUGCUUUUGUUGUAGAUUCUGCGUUGGAUCGGGCUGCGAAUGGGUGAAGAAGAAACAGUAACCAAAGUUUCUGAGGUAGUUGAAAAUGGGACUAGUGCACCAGAGAAAUCUGUUAAUAUUGUGACAGAGAAAAUGGAAGAGGAAAGUAGUGAAUUGAAAGCAAUGGAUGAAGAUAAACUUAAUAAUGAGAAAGUUGAGGCUGAGAAGAUGGAUGAAGACCCCAAGGUGAAUGAAGAAAAGGAAAGCCAAGAAGAUGAAGAAAAAGGAAAGGAGGAACCCAAAACUGUAGUGGAGGAAAAAACUGAACCAUUGGAAGAAGAAACUGGGUCAAAAGGAGAUGCAGAGGUUGAAGAAAAGGAGGAAAGCAAAGAAGAUGUGGAGGAGAAGGUGGAUGGGUCCAAAGAGAAAGAAGAGAAGGCUGAAGAGAAUGAGGAGAAGGGAGUAAAGAAACGUGGGAGAAGGAAGAGUGGCGGGGAGAAGAAGAGUGGUGCAGAGAAAGUUGAGAAGAAGAAGAAGAAGGUGGUGAAAGAGAAGAAGGAGCCAGAACCAAGGACCCCUGCCUCUGACAGGCCACAACGUGAGCGGAAAUCUGUUGAAAGGCUGGUGGCAUCUAUUGAGAAAGAUGCAACCAAGGAAUUCCACAUUGAAAAGGGCUCUGGCACCCCACUGAAAGAUAUACCUAAUGUUGCAUUCAAGUUAUCCAGAAGGAAGAUUGAUGAUACCUUUAAGCUGCUUCAUACAAUUCUUUUUGGGAGGAGAGGGAAGGCAAUUCAGAUCAAGAGUAAUAUAUCCCGGUUCUCUGGUUUUGUGUGGCAUGAAAAUGAGGAAAAGCAAAAGAUUAAAGUAAAAGAAAAAUUUGACAAGUGUAAUAAAGAAAAAUUGCUGGAAUUUUGUGAUGUACUUGACAUACCAGUUGCCAAGGCAGCUACAAAGAAGGAAGAUAUCGUUGCAAAGUUGAUAGACUUUCUGGCGGCCCCUCAUGCUACAACUACUGUGCUACUUGCGGAAAAAGAAAAGGCAAAUAAGAGCAAAAAGCGCAAGAGGGUGACCAAAAGCUCAGCCUCUGGGAGUGUGUCUUCAACACGUUCAGCAAAGAGUCGAAAAAAGGCUGGGGAUGCUUCAAAAACUGAUAAAAAAGACACACCUGAUACAGAAGAUGAGUCAGAAGAAGAAAAAGAAGAGGAAGAGGAGGAAGAAGAAUAUAUAGAAAAGGAAAAUGAGAAUGGUGUUCCAGAGAAAUCUGAUGCUGAGAUGCCUGAGCAUUCUGAAAAUGAAGAAAAUGAGUCGGAGGAGGAAUCUCAAGCAGAUGUUGGCAAGCACAAAACAAGCUCAAAAACGUCGCCUAGAAAGAAGGAAUCUAUUGGAAAAGCUAGAACCCAGAGACUUUUCAUUAAAUCCAGUCCUCCACCAAAAAGAAUGCCUAAAAAAUCUUCAUCAAAACGCACUGAAGAGGAUGAUGGCAGUGAUGCAAGUCCGAAGGUUUUCUCAAGGAAGAAGAAAAAUGACAAAUUAGUAAAGGAGAAGUCCUCAACUCCUGCAAAAUCUCCUUCCAAGGAGAGAACAGGUAAAAGGGCUGCAAAAGGGAAGGAAAAGGCUGAAGUCAAAGAGGAGAAAUUGAAGCCAACUGAUGAUGAGCUUAGGGAUGCCAUAUGUGAAAUUCUUAAGGAGGUGGAUUUUAAUACGGCUACAUUCACAGACAUUCUGAAGCAACUUGCUCAGCAAUUUGAUACUGAUCUCACCCAAAUGAAGUCAUCUAUAAAACUUAUGAUUCAAGAAGAGCUUACUAAACUAGCUGACGAGGCUGAUGAUGAAGAUGGAGACGGUGAUGCUGAGAAAGAUGAAAAUCAAUCUGCUGGCCAAGUGGUUGAAGCCUGAAAACUUGUAUCUUCAGUUCAUGACUGCCAGAAAAUAAUGUAGCUAUGUAUGCUUAUCUUAUCUCAGUAGUUUCCACUAAGUUGUGCGCAAAUGUAAUGCUUAGUUUGUCAGCAAAUCCAGCUAUGUAAUUUACUGUUAGUGUUUAAUUUAAUGGCAGAGCAAAACUUGUGUUUAUUAGGAAAUGUAGAGCAGGCGAAACUAUUCGGAACUGUAAUGCAGGAUAGAGCAUGAUGUGUACACUAACAUAAUAUGUAGGUUUUUUGUUCCCCCAAUACUCAAUUUAACUGGCAUUUAAACAUUGUGUUUC